GAUUUCCUAAUUCUGGAAUAAAGAUUUAUGCAUAUAAAUUAUUAAAUAUGUCUACAAUGUUAACCAUUUAUUUUUUGAGACGACCAUUACUAUCUGUGACAUCAUAUUUCUUACAAAAAGGAUCUUCUAGAUCUGCUACUAAAAUGAGUGUAAGAGAUGCAAUAAAUACGUCUCUUGAUGAAGAAUUAGCACGAGAUGAGAAAGUAUUUAUUAUUGGAGAAGAAGUUGCAGAAUUUGAUGGAGCAUAUAAAGUAACUAGAGGGCUUUGGAAAAAAUAUGGAGAUAAGAGAUUGAUUGAUACACCAAUAUCUGAGGCAGGUUUCUGUGGUAUAGCUGUUGGAGCUGCAAUAGCAGGAUUGAAACCAAUUUGUGAAUUUAUGACAUUCAAUUUUUCAAUGCAAGCUAUUGAUCGAAUAAUAAAUGGAGCUGCUAAAUAUUGUUAUAUGACUGCAGGAAGAUAUCCUGUACCUAUAGUAUUUCGUGGUCCAAAUGGUUGUGCUAAAGGACUGGCAGCUCAGCAUUCACAGUGUUUUGCAGCUUGGUAUAUGAGUGUUCCUGGCUUAAAAGUUAUGUCUCCUACAAGUUCUGAAGAUCAUAGAGGUAGUUUAAAAGCUGCUAUAAGGGAUCCUGAUCCUGUCUUAAUCUUGGAAAGUGAAGUUCUCUAUAAUUUUGAAUUUCCUCUAUCUGAUCAAGCUUUGGACAAAGAUUUUGUUAUACCUAUUGGUAAAGCAAAAAUUGAAAAAUCUGGGAAGCAUAUUACAUUAAUUACUCAUGGUCAAGCAACAGUAUAUACUAUACAAGCAGCUGAAAUUUUAGCAGGACAGGGAAUUGAUGCUGAAGUUAUCAAUCUACGUUCUCUCAGACCUCUUGAUUGGGAUAUGAUUUUUAAAUCAAUCAGUAAAACACAUAGAUUAAUGACAGUUGAAUUAGGUUGGCCUAUGUGUGGAGUAGGUUCUGAGAUUGUUGCAAAUGUAAUGGAAAAUCCUGUUUUCUUUGAACUAGAUGCACCAGCAGUUCGUUGUACUGGUAUUGAUGUUCCAAUGCCUUAUUCAGAACCAAUUGAAUAUGAAUGUACUCCAAAAGAUCAUCAUAUAGCUGAAUUUGCUAAGAAAGUUUGUGGACUGAAAAUUUGAGUAUUUUUAUAUGUAAAGUUAUACUUACUAAAGUAUCUAUCGACUUUCUCU